AUGGCAAGCAUCAAAGGCCCCGCUCCGGCGCCCACCUCCUUCCCAGGCGCCGAAAACUUGCGCAUCGGUAUCGUCCACGCGCGAUGGAACGAAGAGUGCAUCACCCCUCUCGUCAAAGGCUGCGUCGAGAGCAUCACCAAGGCAGGCGUCAAGCCCGAGAACAUUGUCAUCGAGAGCGUGCCCGGCUCGUGGGAGCUGCCUUUCGGUGUCUCGCGUCUCAUCUCGGCCUCGCAGGUGCAGGCCUCUUCGAAUGUCUCCGAUCUGAUGGGCGCUACAUCGUUGCUGGAUGACAACAGCAAGCCUGCGACUCCGACGACCGGGUCGGCGGGGAAGAGCAAGGCGGCGCUCGAUGCGGUGAUUGGCAUCGGCGUGCUGAUCAAGGGUUCGACCAUGCACUUUGAGUACAUCUCAGAGUCUUGCUGCUCCGGAUUGAUGCGUAUUGGGCUGGAUACGGGCGUGCCCGUCAUUCUGGGUGUUCUCACCGCCCUGACCGAGGAUCAGGCGCUCGAGAGGAGCGGUGUCGGAAGGGGUGCCAACAAGGGCCACAACCACGGUCUGGAUUGGGGAUCCGCUUCGGUCGAAAUGGCUCUCAAGACCAACCGAUGGGCCGAAGGCAAGCUCGCUUGA